GUGAGCUGCUGCCACUGUCACCAUCAUCCUCUCAGACACUCUGGAGUCAAAACCUCCCCGUGGUCUGGAUCCUCUCCUUUCUGCCCACCGCUGCUUCCUCCAACGCCAUCAUGUCUGUUCUGUCGGUGAAAACCCUGGAGUCUCCUGGCUGUGACGCUCAAGCAACCAUCUGUUCGGGCGCCAACUGCCUCGUCCCUCCCAGUGACUACAACGCCAUCCUGAGCCUCGUCUUGAGUAGUGUCCUGACGGUGAUGCUGGCCAUGGUCAUGUUUUCCAUGGGCUGCACCGUGGACUCCAAUAAGCUGUUGGGCCACCUCCGGAGGCCCUGGGGCAUCGUCAUCGGCUUCCUCUGCCAGUUCGGCAUCAUGCCGUUCACCGCCUUCGCCCUGUCCUUGGCCUUCGAUGUGCUGCCGGUGCAGGCCGUCGUCAUCAUCAUCAUGGGCUGCUGUCCCGGUGGAUCCGGCUCCAACAUCAUCUGUUACUGGCUGGAUGGAGACAUGGACCUCAGUAUCAGCAUGACGGCCUGUUCCUCCAUCUUGGCGUUGGGGAUGAUGCCUCUCUGCUUGUUCAUCUACACCAGCGUGUGGACGUCCAGCGAUACCAUCAAGAUCCCGUUUGACAGUAUCGGCAUCACUCUGGCGGCGCUUCUUAUUCCCAUUGGUUUCGGGAUGUACGUUAAAAAGAGAUGGCCCCACAAGGCCAAAAAGGUCCUCAAGGUGGGCUCCAUUGCUGGCUUUGGCCUCAUCAUCAUCAUCGCUGUGGUUGGGGGGGUCCUCUACCAGUCGUCCUGGACCAUUUCUCCCUCCUUAUGGAUCAUCGGAACCAUCUACCCCUUCAUCGGGUUUGGUCUGGGUUUGCUCUUGGCCCGUUUCGUGGGUCAGCCCUGGUACAGGUGUCGAACCAUCGCUCUGGAGACCGGUUUCCAGAACUCCCAGCUGUGCAGCACCAUCGUCCAGCUGUCCUUCAGUCCCCAGGAGCUGGAGAUCAUGUUUGCAUUCCCGCUCAUCUACAGCAUCUUCCAGCUGGCAGCAGCAGUCUUUUCUGUGGGAGGCUACCAGGUGUAUAGAAAGUACAUCGCUCGCAGUUCAGACGACACAGACAGUGAAACCCCAGCCUUGGAAACCGCUGAUGACGACGAAACGAAGCAGAAGCAGUGGGGUCUGAAGAACGACGCCUUCGAGCCAGACGAAAACGCAAACGGCGACGUGAAAGGCUCUUAUAAGAAGACGGAGCUGUGAUGUCACAAAACUGUUGAUGUGAGACUUUGACCUGCUGCCAUGGACUCCCACAGAGCCACUGCAGACGCCAGGGAGGCUCCACCGUGAACACACGGUUCCCUCUGCUGGUCGAACUGGGUAUUACACCACUUGAAACCAGAUGGAAACGUCUUCCACCAGCACGUGGCUAAAAACUUUAUUUACACGCAGAACCCACCUCUGCUUUAAUUUAUUCACAUAGAAAUGUUUGAAAUCAUAAUUUUCAGUUAGAGUCCUUUGUUUGUGUGAUCAAUCAAGCUGUUUAAAGCUGCUUUAACCACGAGUGUCAGAAACACCUGAUUGAACAAUUUGUUAUUCCACAACUAUAAUUCACAUUUUUCAUAUAAUGUAAAUACCGUAUUUUCUGGACUAUAAGCCGCACCUGUAUAUAAGCUGCAUCCGCUCUAUUUAAAAAAAAAGAUAUGCAAGCCGCAAAUAUUUAUGUUGUUAGAUUAGACAUUUACUACAUGUACAGAACCAUUUUGAACUGUAAAUGAUGUACAUGUUUGUACCUAAAUAGAUCCUUUCCUAACAGUGUCUUUUAACACGGAAGCAACUUUACUGAUUAAAACGGGACAGAACCAAGAGAAAAUAACCAGUAUUUAUUUAUUUAUUUAUCUGUUUGAAAUCUGCUUCUACCUACUAUCUGCUAAAGAAGAAGUAGCGUAUUCUUCUUUGCAUUUAUUUUGUCUUAGUUUUUAUUCUAAUUCCGGUUAGAGCGCCCGAGCGGUGGAAGAAAAAUCCACAGAAUAGCUGCACCUUUGUAUAAGCCGCAUGGUUCAAAACCUAGAAAAAAAGUAGCGGCUUAUAGUCCAGAAAAUACGGUAUAUAUAUAUAUGUGUGUGUGUUUGUGUG